GAUCCCUCUAAGGAGCACCACUGACAAGCAAGUAUAGAGCAGGAGAAGUUCCCGCCUCCCUUCAUUUCUCUUAGUUCCCAUUGGCUGAUUCCUACUGUCGUUCCGCCGUGUCCCAGCGCUCUCCUCUUAUCACCGCGCGCCCCCAGGCUCCCGUCCUGUGCUCUCAUUGGUCCUCUCCGCAGUCGCUCUGCGCCAGGGGCGUUCCAGAGGCAGCCACUGGGAGUUGUUGAAUUCGGGUUUUAAAAAACGCCGCCAGGGAUCAGUUGUGCCGGCACUCGGGGCCGCGGAAGCACUAAGAGCUGCCGAGCACGCACCCCAUCGGGGCAGGCGGCCAGGACGUUCCCGGGCUUUCCCCGGACGCCAGCCUCUGUCCCCGGACCCCGAAGGCCGAGAAAGAGCCGCGGGGCAGCCAUCCUCGGCGCCCGCCAUGGGCCCGCGCCGCCGGAGCCGCAAGCCAGAAGUCCCGCGGAGGCGCACCGCAAGCCCGACCCCCGGCACCCCCCGGCGGGGCCCCUCAGGCACUCCUUCCCGUCAGCGCCGUCCCCAGAGACACCGGGUUCUGAAGGAGAUCCGAAAGCUUCAGAAAAGCACAAACCUCUUGUUAAGGAAGAGCCCUUUUGGCCGCCUGGCAAGAGAGAUAUGUGUUAAAUUCACGCGCGGUGUGGACUUCUGCUGGCAAGCCCAGGCCCUGCUGGCCCUGCAGGAGGCUGCGGAAGCAUUUCUGGUUCAUCUCUUUGAGGACGCCUAUCUCCUCUCCUUACAUGCCGGCCGCGUCACUCUCUUCCCGAAGGAUGUGCAGCUGGCCAGGAGGAUCCGAGGCAUUCAGGAAGGGCUUGGCUGAGCCCCGGCACCCGUCUCUGGAUGAUACCGGGGACUCUGUCCAGAGCCAGGAACCGAUGCACGGAGUUCAAGGAGACGCAUGGACUUGUUUCAGAGCGGGGUGCAUGUUGCUUUUGUAAUACUGGUUGCUUUAAGAACACUGGUUGGAGAAGAGAACACCCAUGGCUCUCCUCUGUAACAGGUGAUCUCCGAGAAAACCAACGCCAUUCCAAAGGGCUGAGAGUUAUUUUUAGAGAACGAUGCUCCAAAGUUCACUUCAGUUUGCAAAUUAUUCACAUGACUGCUGAAUGACUUUGAAGACCUCAGAUUUUCUGGGUUAUGGGAAAGAAGGGUGCUUACUUACUGUUUUAGAUCAUCCCGUACCAUUUAAAUCUUUUCGUUCUGAUGUUCUGCUUCCUGUUAGCAAGUUCCUGUCACCGUCAUUCAAAAAUUCGAGCUCGCGGGCUUUAUCUUCUUCUUCGUAAACCAUGGAAGACGUGCCUUAACUUUUACACUUUAGAAUUUUUCAUUCCAGGAUUUUAAAGUGCCUUUUCAAAGUUUUUACAAGGGUUUUUAAUAACUUGUUUGUGGAGAGAGAAUAAAAAUAAGAAUAAUUCUUUAAUGACAAAAAUGUACAGUUACAGCAUAUAGAGAUGCGACGUGUUGUGUGUGAAUGUUCGGUUCUUCACUUGUACGCGGUUUUGCAAGCAGCCGCUACUUAAAUAAGAGAAUUGAGGGAUGUGUUUUUGCCUCCCAUGGAGUAGAAUGAGCGGAUAAAAACCUUGCCCUUCUGUUGUAAAAACUGAAAGCCGUUUAAGAAGUUUCCAGAGAAAUGGAAAGUGCCACCAGUAGGCUUUUAGGUUUUGCACGUGACCGAAAUGAUUAGCGAAGGUGGACUUCUGACAGUGAUGUGUCUGGCGAACAAAUUCCAAGACUGGCUGAAGGGAAGGACCAAGUUCUAUCACCGAGUAAACUCUAACCCUUUGGAGAACCCUCUUCCUGUUCAACAUCAAUUCCUAUUUAUGCAGAUGUUUGAAUAAAGCUUAUCUAUCAAUGAUUAUAUUUAAA